CCCUGAACUCCAGGACUGCCCACCCUACCCUGGGGCUGCCUCUUCUCUUAGUCCUUGGGAACUGCAGGUGACCAGCUGGUGUGUGGACAGUGGCCUGUGGCCCUGUGCUCAGUGCGUGUGAGUGGGUGCGUGUGUGCAGAAACUGAGACUCACCUCCAACGCCAGAGCAUCUAAAGGGCAACCCCCUAUUUUUGGGGGGCAACCUACACCCCCCCCCCCUUAGAGACAGAGGAUCUGUGGAUCAGCUCAAUGCUAUUGCAACAGCGUCAGCAAAGGAGCCCAGAGGAGCCCAGAGGAGCAGCCGUGAGUUAAGAAGGGUGCCAUGCCUGGUGCAUUGGCAGAGCUCUGGACAAACUACAACCUGGCCCUGGAGAAUGGAGACCCACGGACGGACCCCUGGCCCCUGGUGCACUCACCCGUUCCUGUCAUCUUGCUGCUGCUCCUCUACCUCUUCUUGGUGCUGGUCGGCCCACGAGCCAUGAGCCUGCGGCCACCACUGGGGCUGACCGGACCCCUGGUGACCUACAACCUGGGGCUGGUGCUUCUCUCCGGAUACAUGUUCUAUGAGUUCUUGACCACCUCCCUCCUGGCCAACUACAGUUAUUUCUGCCAGCCUGUGGACUCCAGCCAGAGUGAGCUCAGCAUGAGGAUGGCGUGCGUGUGCUGGUGGUGUUUCUUCUCGAAGGCCAUUGAGCUUCUGGACACGGUUUUUCUUGUCCUACGGAAGAAGCAGAAGCAACUCACAUUCCUGCAUGUCUACCACCAUGGCACCAUGCUUUUGAACUGGUGGGCUGGGGUCAAGUAUGUGCCAGGGGGUCAAGCCUUCUUCGUGGGUAUGCUGAACUCUCUGGUUCACAUCUUCAUGUACCUGUACUAUGGAUUGGCCAGUCUGGGGCCCCAAGUGCGGCCCUACCUGUGGUGGAAACGGUAUCUCACUGUCCUGCAGCUGGUGAGAAUACCCCUGGGGCCUUGGGUCCAAGGCUCAAUCCCAUCCUCUGCCCUUGACAGCGAGGACUUGCAAUUGGAUCUGAGCAAACCCUUCUCACUGCUCCAUUUCCCACCUGGACAGAGGCUCAUUUUCUCCUGGAAUCUUCCCUGGUGGUUGGGCCUGGAGCCUGGAUGUCCUUGCCCCUCCUCAUCCCCCAGUUGAGAAAUGGGAGUGCUGGGUGCCAUGACCCAGAAACACUUUCUUCUGCAAGUCUGUGACCAGGGGUCAAGCCUGCUCUGUCUGUUUUGUUUAUUCUUUGGGGAAGGGAGUACCUCCUAGUCCAAUCUUAAGUGUCCUGCAGGGGGCACAGGAUGGAUGGAGUUUGUCACUCUGAUAGGAGCCAUGAGUCUGCCAUGGACUUUAUUUUCCAUUUCCAAAGUGUAGGAUGGAUGCCCCCUGCUGGUAAACAGUAGUUAAGCCAAGGGUGGCCGGGAAAUAGCCCAGUAUUAUGUAGGGUAGCCUGUCUGGGUUUGAUCCCCAGUUGUAAUGACACCUUGUUGAGGUCAUGAAGCCAUGGUCAUGAAGUCUAAACUCACCAGUUAGGCCCUGGUGGUCUGUGGCAUCACAGAGCCUGAGCUUCACCACCUCCUUGAACCCUAGCACCCAGAAUCUCUGAAAGUACCCCCUUCUCCAGUUCUUUGAGCACUGCUUGGAAAGUCCCCCUCAGCUCCUCUAAAGUGAAGGGUCCAGAAGGAACAUCCCACCAUGAUGCUUCCAUCUCUUCCAUAUCCCCCCAGGGCCAGUUUGCUGCCAUUGCUGCUCAUUCCUCCUACAAUCUCUUCGCUGAGUGCUCCUUCCCUGAUGGAUUCAAC